GGGCCGUGCGGAGAGGGGCCGGGCCCGGGGUAGAGCCGGGCCUUUCCCCGCGGCAGCCUCCGGCCUCCCGUACCCUCGGCUCGGCCUCGGGCGGCGGCGCGGGGCGGAGCGGCCCUGGGCCCGGCGGCGGCGUCCAGGGCGGGCCGAGGGGGAGCGAGGCGCUCGGGGAGGGCCUUGCCGGCGGCGCUGGCUCCCGCCCGCCGGGCGCGGAGAUCGCCGGAGCGGUGAGCCGGGGCGGGGAGGGGGGGGCUGCGGCUGCGCCCGCCGAGCCCCGCCACGCCGCAGGAAGCGAUCGGCAGCCGGCGGGAUGGCCUUGGUCCCCUACGAGGAGGGAGCUGGCUGGGGAGUGCGGCAGCUGCACAGCCCUUCGGUCACGUACCGCUUCGCCAGCCACACCAUCCGGGUCCAGCAGGACUGGCGGCGGCUGGGGGUGGCGGCGGUGGUCUGGGAUGCGGCUGUUGUCCUGAGUGCCUAUCUGGAGAUAGGAGGCAUUGAUCUCAGGGAUCGGUCUGUGAUUGAGCUGGGAGCUGGAACUGGAUUGCUGGGAAUAGUGGCCACGUUAUUAGGUGCUCGUGUUACCAUCACAGACAGGGCGGCAGCACUGGAGUUCCUGGAGUCAAACGUACAGGCUAACUUACCUUCUGAACUACGUCCGAGAGCUGUGGUGAAGGAACUGACUUGGGGAAGAGACCUGGGUAACUUCCCUCCAGGAGCAUUUGACUUCGUCCUGGGUGCAGACAUCGUUUAUCUGGAAGAAACUUUUGCAGAACUGCUUCAGACGCUAGAGCACCUGUGCUCAGAGCAAACUGUGAUUCUUCUUUCCUGUCGUAUCCGCUAUGAACGGGAUCACAAAUUCUUGAAGAUGCUGAGAGACCGUUUCUCUGUCUAUGAGAUCCACUACGAUUCCAGUAAGGAUGUUCAUAUCUACAAAGCACAGAAGGGUAGUCACAAGGAGGACUUUUGACUCUAUGCUUUGUUAGUAAAUCACUGAUGCUGUUCAAUCCUCCCCUUGUUUCUACUCAAUACACUUGUUCCUAAGCAUAUAAUUGCAGUUUUGUAAUUU